CACCGGAAAAUCAAGAUGUCAGUCAAGCAAUGCAAAUGCAAAUGCGAUCACCCCCAACCACUAAGACCAAAAAUAAUCCUAGUCGGAAUCCUCAUCUUCCUCUUCCUCUCCAUCCUUCUAAUAUGGGCAAUUCUUCAACCUAAAAAACCACGUUUCAUUCUUCAAGAUGCAACCAUCUUUAACUUCAACGUAUCAGCACCAAACAUCUUCUCUACAUCAAUCCAAGUCACUAUAUUUGCCCGUAACCCUAAUGACAAAAUAGGUAUUUACUACGACAAAAUGAAAACGUAUGCAAAUUAUCGUAACCAGCAAAUUACGUAUUUUACUAAAAUACCAUCAGUUUAUCAAGGUCAUAAGGAUGUUAACAUAUGGUCACCUUAUGUUAAUAGUAAUAAUGUUCCUAUUGCUCCAUUUAAUGGACAAACUUUAAAAGAUGAUCAGCAAAAUGGUGGUGUUUGGCUUGAUUUUAAAGUUGAUGGACGUGUUAAAUGGAGAGUUGGCACUAUUACAACGGGGCAUUACCAUUUACAUGUUACGUGUUCUGCUUAUGUUCCGUUUGGUAACCGUCCUGGAGAUGGUGGAAUUAUUGUUGGAAAUAACGCUGUUAAAUAUCAAAUUGCAAGGAGUUGUGAUGUGAGUGUUUAAUAAUUUGAAGAUGAUGAAGAUUGAAGCAGGAGGUGAAGUAUUUAUCUCUCUUUUUAAUUACUUUUUUGGACCAACGUUUAUUCUAUUUUUAUUUUUCUACUA